GACUUGGUCAAUUUUACUUUAAUGCGGUGUCGGAGUGGGAAUCCAUGAUAUAUGAGAAAAGGUCCAAAGUUGGUUUCGCGUUGCUUGAUGGAAUUCAUAUUAGGGGGUAUGACUUGAAGUUGCAGAAAGUUCCAUGAAAUCUCUUGAUUCUGAGAUUGUACAGGGAAGGGAUCUCAAGAUUCUAAACUCACCCUUGAAGACAAUGUUUUCUGUAAAAUAAUCAGAUAUUGUUUGUGUAGAGCCAUGAAUCUGGCUUCGCCAAGAAAAGGGUUUUCAACAAUGGCCGUAUUUCCACGGUCGGUUUCCUCCAUUGCAGUUGCAGGGGGAGGAUUAGCUCUGUUCCUCAUUUUUGCUUCAUGGGUUCUUAUUUCAUAUCCUAUAGGUUACACCUUUCAGGGUUUUCUACUUGGGAUUGACAAUUCCAGGAAAUAUUUACUGCCUGGUGACAACAAUUCUGAGCUUGUGCUUCCACGGCUUCCAGCUUUACAAGAUGGUAUUCAUGGUUUGGCUGAUCCGAAACCCUCUUCUGUUGCUGAUGACGCAGUAACUAAGGGUUUAGAAGCAGAGCCUUUCAGUUCUUCUGAUUCUCCCAGUGCUCCGGGGGCCAAGAAGGUUGAUCAGAUAACAGCACCAGUUUCCUCAUUGGCCUAUGAUUCGAGUCGAGAACCAAAAAAGCCCAUUAGUAUUUCGGUUUCUCCGAAGGUUUCUGGGGCUAUGAAGAUGCCUCAACCGCCAUUAUCAGGUUUGUCCAACACCUCAAAGAGUCUUGGUCAAGAGGCAAAUGGUAGUCCCUUGGCUUCUUCUCUUAAUUUGCCGGAUGGUAAAUUGGAUUCUUCUACAAAUUCCACGGAAGUGACUUCCCCUUCUCCGUUUCCUCCUUUGGCGGGCAAGUCUAGCAAAAUUGAUUCAGUUUAUUCAGACACCUGCGAUCUAUACAACGGCAAAUGGUUCUAUGAUUCAGCUGGGCCGCUAUACACAAACAAUACAUGCCCCGUUCUGACACAGAUGCAGAAUUGUCAAGGCAACGGAAGGCCCGAUAAAGACUAUGAGAACUGGCGAUGGAAACCAUCUCAGUGCGACCUCCCACGGUUCAAUGGAACAAAAUUCCUUGAGUUGAUGAGAGGGAAGACAUUAGCAUUUAUUGGUGAUUCAGUCGCCCGGAACCAAAUGGAGUCCAUGUUAUGUAUUCUCUGGCAGGUGGAAGUUCCUAAAAACCGUGGAAACCGGAGAAUGCAACGUUGGUACUUCAGAUCGACCUCUGUGAUGAUUGUUAGAAUAUGGUCAUCAUGGCUCGUCCAUAAGACACCACAGGCAUUCGACUUUGCUCCAGAGGGAGUGAUCAAGCUUCACCUCGAUAAACCUGAUGAGGACUUCAUGGAGUACCUUCCAAGUUUUGAUGUGGUAGUUCUUUCUUCUGGGCAUUGGUUUGCGAAGCAAUCCGUAUACAUCUACAACAAUGAGAUUGUUGGAGGACAGCUGUGGUGGCCUGAUAAUUCCCGCCCAAGGAAGAUUGACAAUAUUGAAGCUUUUAGGAUCUCUGUUCAGACAAUUCUUACUGCAAUUGUGAACCACCCAUCUUACACAGGCCUGACCAUUGUUCGUUCCUACUCACCUGAUCAUUAUGAAGGUGGUGCCUGGAAUACAGGCGGGUCAUGUACAGGGAAGGUAAAGCCUGCCUUAGAUAGUGAGCUGGUGCCCAGUGGGUUUACAGAUGCAAUGCAUCAGAAACAAGUGAUGGGCUUCAGUGAGGCAAUCAAGAGCCAAACUAACAAAUCAAAGUUGAAGCUAAUGGACAUAACGAAAGCAUUUAGCUACCGUCAUGAUGGCCAUCCAGGUCCGUAUCGGAGUCUGGAUCCAAAUAAGAUCACCAAGCGUGGCCCUAAUGGACAGCCUCCGCCACAAGAUUGCUUGCAUUGGUGUAUGCCAGGCCCGGUCGAUACAUGGAAUGAGCUUGUGCUUGAAAACAUAAGAAGAGAAUUUGAGGUAAUUGACAAGGCCCCUGUAUGACAUUGGCAGUUAAGUCGAUUGGUUCAGUCUGUUCGUAUAAGUUGUGUUAAAGUUAUAAUUUUAUACAUGUAAAAUUGUAAUUCUGUCUAAGAGUAGAGAAAUAUUUAUUUGAGGAGCUUUAAUCAAUUCCUCUUCAACUGAUCUAGGUAAACUUUGUAGGUUGAGGGAAUUGGGAGAAAAAAUUGAAUCACAAAGUAGUAAUGAACUGGCGGCUAGAUUGUGAUUUAUGAAGGUAAUUCUUUUUU